GGAGAGCCUCGCCGUACCGUCCUGGGCGAGGGGCAGCACAAGGAGGUGCCCUAUGGGCAGAGAAACUUUCCCGAGCUACUCGCAGUUCUGGAGCAGUGGGCGUGAGCGCCGUGUUUUCCUUGUUUUACGCGCCGCCGGGAGGGAACAGCGAAGCGUUUGGCGACCUCUUCGCGCAACAGAUUCCCAGUUCUUCGGGGAAGUCGAGGGGCGAAAGGAACUCGCUCCCUGGCUUCCCCGCACAAUUUGGGAGCCUUAAAAGAGUCGGAGACGGCGGGAGGAAGAGGAUCCGCCGCUCUUUCCCGGCGAGAUCGGCUUGGAGGCGGGUUUUGGAGUUGGGCACCGGACCUCUCAAUCGCUGGAGGCGCGCCGCGCUCGCCGUUCUUUGCCCUGAUCCCCACCCGAUGGGGUGGGAGUCCCGCGGAGGGCUUUCCCCUGCUCCGGACCGGUGCGGCGGGGGAGAUGCUGGACGGCAACGCGAGCUGCCCGGGUUGCCACUUCCACCCCGAGGCGCGCCACUCCUUGGCCGCCGUCCUCAUCUUCACCAUCGUCGUGGACAUUCUGGGCAACAUCUUGGUGAUCAUAUCCGUGCUGAGGAACCGCAAGCUCCGCAACGCCGGCAAUAUCUUUGUUGUCAGCCUGUCCGUGGCAGACCUUGUGGUGGCUGUGUACCCCUAUCCUCUCAUCUUGAGCGCCAUCUUCCACAAUGGAUGGACAAUGGGCAACGUUCAUUGCCAGAUCAGCGGCUUCCUCAUGGGCUUGAGUGUGAUUGGCUCCAUUUUCAACAUCACGGCUAUUGCCAUCAACAGGUACUGUUACAUUUGCCACAGCCUCCGGUACGACAAACUCUUUAACCUGAAGAACACCUGCGGCUAUCUUUGCCUGACGUGGCUGCUCACCCUGGUGGCGAUCCUGCCCAACUUUUUCGUGGGCUCCCUGCAGUACGACCAUCGGAUUUACUCCUGCACUUUUGCUCAGACUGUCAGUAUGUGGUAUACCAUCACUGUGGUAGUGGUCCAUUUCAUCAUCCCUCUGUCCAUUGUGACCUUCUGCUACCUUCGGAUCUGGAUCCUGGUGAUUCAGGUCAAGCACCGGGUGAGGCAAGACUGCAAGCAGAAAGUGCGCGCGGCCGAUGUACGGAACUUCUUGACCAUGUUUGUGGUCUUUGUCCUCUUUGCGGUGUGCUGGGGGCCAUUAAAUUUCAUCGGCCUGGCAGUCUCCAUCAAUCCUUCCAAAAUCAUACCACAGAUUCCGGAGUGGCUUUUUGUGGUGAGCUACUUUAUGGCUUAUUUUAACAGCUGCCUCAACGCUGUGAUAUAUGGACUUCUCAACCAGAAUUUCCGGAAGGAGUACAAAAGAAUCCUCAUUGCUCUCUGGACUCCACGGUUGCACUUUGUCGACAGCUCAAAAGGUGGGACAGAGGGAAUUAAAAGCAAACCAUCCCCGGCUGCAACAACCAACAACAACCAGGCUGAAAUCUUCUUGUAAAUAGAAGGGAAACUAUUUAUUGUGUGGUGUCUGUAUAUACUAUGUAAAGGUCUUGUCAUGUGUGCUACAGCAGGGACCAUUACUGCCAAACUUGUGCAGAUAAAUGUCACCUUCUUUUUUCA